UGUGACCGGUGUGGCGGUGGCGAUGCUGCAGCAGCAGCUCUCCUCUGAUCGUACAGGAAGAAGGUUUCCUCUGAGCGGCGCCGUGCUGCUGCUCGCCCAGGCGCGUCUCUUCCAUCCGCUCGUUCACGAUACCGGCACACUCGCUGCAUGAUGGCCGAGGGAGGCGGACCCGAGUCGGGUGGCGCGGCUGACUCCGACUCGGAGCCGGUAGCCGCUCAAAUGCCAACCCCUUCAACGGAAAGUCAAAAACAGACUAUUGGGUCACUUUUGAAAACAACUCUAAGAAAGGGCGACGAAUGGUAUCUGAUAGACAGCCGGUGGUUCAAACAAUGGAAGAAGUACGUAGGCUUCGACAGCUGGGACAUGUACAAUGUUGGAGAACGUAGCCUGUAUCCAGGACCAGUUGAUAACUCUGGGCUGUUCUCAGACCAGGAGACUCAGGCCCUGAAAGAGCACCUUAUAGAUGAGCUGGACUAUGUCCUUGUACCCACUGAGGCGUGGAAUAAGCUUGUCAGCUGGUACGGCUGCCUUGAUGGCCAGAGACCCAUCGUCAGGAAGGUUGUUGAACAUGGCAUGUUUGUCAAGCACUGUAAGGUGGAGGUCUAUUUGCUGGAACUGAACUUGUGUGAAAAUGACAACAUGGAAAAUGUGGUCACACGCCAUUUCAGCAAAGCUGAUACAAUAGACACUAUAGAGAAGGAGAUGAGGACCCUGUUCAAUAUCCCAUCAGAGAAGGAGACACGGCUCUGGAACAAAUACAUGAGCAACACGUACGAGCAGCUGAACAAGCCCGACAGCACUGUACAGGAUGCUGGUCUCUUCCAGGGGCAGGUGCUUGUGAUUGAGAGGAAGAACGAGGAUGGAACAUGGCCCAGACAAGCCUCCCAUCCCAAAUCCAGUACCACCCCAUCCAGGAAUUUCACUACCUCCCCAAAACUCUCCUCCAACUCAACAGCCAGUAUCUCCUCAACAGUAACCAAUGGAGACAGCAGCUGUAGCCCAGGCUACACACUGAACAACAGCACCUCCUCCGGCAACAGAUUGGGGGGCUACAAUUCAUACAGCUCCUCCUACAACUACAGAGAGUCCCAGUCACAGCCAGGCCUAUGUGGUCUUAGUAAUUUGGGCAACACAUGCUUCAUGAACUCUGCCCUCCAGUGCCUGAGCAAUGCAUCUCCACUCACAGAGUACUUCCUCAAUGACCAGUAUGAGGCAGAAAUUAACAGAGAGAAUCCCCUGGGAAUGAGGGGUGAGAUAGCUGAGGCCUACGCUGAUCUAGUAAAGCAGAUGUGGCUAAGCCGCAGCAGCUAUGUGGCCCCACGCACCUUCAAAACCCAGGUUGGACGCUUUGCCCCCCAGUUCUCAGGCUACCAGCAGCAGGACUCACAGGAGCUGUUGGCUUUCCUGCUGGACGGGCUUCAUGAAGAUCUGAACCGUGUCAAGAAGAAGCCUUACCUGGCCCUGAGGGAUGCAGAGGGCCGUCCCGAUGAGAUCGUUGCCAAGGAAGCCUGGACGAACCAUCGUUUGCGAAAUGACUCCAUCAUAGUUGAUAUUUUCCACGGCCUCUUCAAAUCCACUUUGGUGUGCCCAGAGUGCUCUAAGGUGUCUGUAACCUUCGACCCAUUCUGCUACCUCACACUGCCUCUACCCAUGAAAAAGGACCGUACUAUGGAGGUGUUCCUGGUGCGAUCAGACCCUCAGUCCAGACCCACGCAGUAUCGAGUGGUGGUCCCUAAACUGGGUGCAGUGUCAGACCUGUGCAGCGCCUUGUCCAAACUCUGUGGUUUCCCUCCAGAAAAUAUGGUGGUGGCUGACGUUUAUAAUCACAGGUUCCAUAAAAUUUACAGACGGGAUGAUGGCCUCAACCAAAUCAUGGAAAAAGAUGACAUCUUUGUGUAUGAGGUACAGGAAGAGGACAGCGAGAGGAUGAACCUGCCUGUAUAUUUCAGGGAGCGCCACUCCAAGCAUGCUGGAAGCUCCACGAGCACCAUGCUGUUUGGCCAGCCUUUACUCAUCACCGUGCCCAAACACAACCUCAUAGCAGACGUUCUUUAUGACAAGAUCCUUGAGCGGAUUGGACGCUAUGUAAAACACGCCCAGAGCCCUAACAGUGAAAGCAGGGCCUCAGCCUCGGCCUCAGCAACCUUUGCCAGCUGCAGCCAGGCUCCUGAAUGUUCCACAUCAUCCAGUCACAAUGCAAGCCUGGGCGGCUGUGGCAGCCCCCUGUCAGACGGGGCGUCCUGCAGUGCAAGUUCCAGUAAUGGCAGCAACCACUCAGGGACCUGCAAUGAAAGUAAUGGGCUGUACGAUGGUGAGGAGGAGGCCAUGGACCACCAAGUGAGUCCAGAGCCAGAGAACGGCCACUCUGAAGAGGAGGAAGAGGAGACCUCUGACUUGGAAAAUGGGCCGAAAGGAGACGCGGCCAGGCUUUGUUCUUCUCCAGCCAAGCUCUUCACUUUCAGCAUAGUCAACUCUUACGGAACAGCCAACAUCAGCCCGCUGCCUUGUGAUGGAAAUGUCCUCAAGCUCAAUCCACAUUCCACAGUGGCAAUCGACUGGGACACGGAGUCAAAAAAACUAUGUUAUGAUGAACAGGAAGCAGAGGCCUAUGAGAAGCAUGAGAGCAUGCUUCAGCCCCAGAAGAAGAAAGCCACUGUUGCUCUGAGGGAAUGCAUUGAGCUCUUUACAACCAUGGAGACUCUUGGAGAACAUGACCCAUGGUACUGUCCAACAUGCAAGAAACACCAACAGGCCACAAAAAAGUUUGACUUGUGGUCGCUGCCACGCAUUCUGGUAGUUCAUCUAAAGCGUUUCUCCUACAACCGCUGUUGGAGGGACAAGCUGGACACGGUGGUGGACUUUCCCAUCAGGGAUCUGAACAUGUCGGAGUUUGUGUGCGACCCUAAGGCCGGCCCCUACACAUAUGACCUCAUUGCCGUGUCAAACCACUAUGGAGGAAUGGGAGGUGGUCACUACACAGCGUACGGCAAGAAUAAAGUGGAUGGAAAGUGGUAUUACUUUGAUGACAGCAGUGUCUCCUCUGCCACUGAGGACCAGAUCGUGACUAAAGCAGCCUACGUGCUGUUCUAUCAGCGCAGAGACGAGGAAGCCCCAUCCAAACCUCAGCCUUCAGCCUCGCUAGGAGGAGCACCAGAAGCAGCUGAUGACCACAUGGACACAAACUGAGGAGCCCACAUGACGCGGGAAGGGACACGCACUGAAAACACACACAGCAAAUAGAGACACUCGGACUCACACACAAAGCUACUUUAGUGACGGAGGACUCCACAGACUUUAACAUUAUUAACCCUACCUUCCCCCAUAUUUUAUUUUAUUUCUGUCUCGUAUGUUGUCAACUAGAGCCUUGUCAGAGGAGUGACCUGAGAGACUUCCUCCCUGCAGCUGGGGGGCCUACUGAUUCCUGAACAUAGUUUACUAGUCUGGAACUAAGAGGAGUAUAAAUCAAUAUAGAUCCUCUCACUGGAUGAACAGAAUGUUAGAAGUGCCCUCAACUAUGUAGAUAAACAAAUUGUUUCUGUUUCCCACAACAACAGUCAGAAAUAUUAAAGGAAAAAAAGAAGCCAAAUGUUGUUUCAACCAAAGCGCUCCAAGGUAUUUAUGAUGACAAGACAUUAGCAGGACUCUGGUGUGGUAGAUUGAUCUGUGGUCAUCUUGCUGUGCUGAGAUAAAUGCGACCUUAUUCCACCUGUGUAGAGUGGAAGUAUGAUGGGGUAUCUCGCUGCUGCAGACUAACUGUGGCAGUUAAGCUGUGUUGCAAUCCAAAUCACAGACAGGCAUGUUUUGUUUCAAGAUUUUAAGAUCUGACAUGUUGUGGCACAAGCCAUUUUGUGACCUCGCCCUUGUUCAGCCAUCAUUUUAUUUUUGAUGUUGUUGUUCUUUGACGCACAGUAUGGGUUCUGCUUUCUCUCAGACCCUAAACCUAUGGGAGGAGUCUCACCCUGCUAGCAACUUUUAUUUUACUUUUUUUUUGUAAUCACAAUGCAAAAGCGGCCUUUUGAUUCCUGCAACCUAACUAGAAAGGAGGCACUUUGAAUUCUCCAUGAGUACAUGAUCUACCUGCUUCUGAUGUAUCUAGACAUGACAGAAUUGUAUGGUUCGGCCUUAGCAUUAAGGGUUAUGGUCUGUCAUACACUUCCAGAUCAUUUUAAUGUGUCUUAUGACCAUAUUUUCAUUGCUGCCUGAUUGGACCCCCCUAGCUCACCUGCAAUGGCUUGUCCUUAUUAGUCUUGUACAUUAAUGCAGCUCUGUAAUGAAAUGGCUAUGUUAUUUGAUAUCUUCAAAGCACACUGAGUGAAGCAAAAUAAACUAGAAUAAAAGUGGUGCUUUAAUUCAUGAAACUUGAAACUUGCUCCUUGUCGGGAGGAACAAUCAUGCGUCAUCAGACAGGGUCAGGACAGCAUUACCUUAACAGCAUUCUUGCUGAACGCAGCCAUUUUGGAGCCAUUAGUUUUCCAUCGCAGCUGUUUCGUAAAACAUGACAGAAGUGUGUCUGUUGGUAGCAUCAGAAAAUAAUCCCUUUGGGUCAUCUUUAUGGGGUCUCUAUAGACACACAAUUGUCACAGGAGGCACAGUUGUAACAGGUGUCUUGUGUGAGUGUGACUGAGUAUAAAAUGGAAUACUUUAAUACUCAGUCCCAAAGGUCUUCUAGUAAAGACAGCUUGUACUUAAUGGAUUUCUUCCUACAAGUCUUGUCCUGUGGCAUCAAUUCUGCACUUUGUUGCAUAACAGCAUGUUGAUGUGAAGGGCCUCCUGGUGCCCCUUUUUCAGCUGGUUGGUCUUAGCAUCUUUAUGUCGUUCAGCAAUGACUACCUAAAUAUAAUCAUGUAUGCCUAUGACUAGAAAAGCUUUACAUCAUAUCUGUAACCCUAGAUAGUCAGUCGAAAACAACAUUCAGCUGCCAAAAUGCAGCGAAUCUUGCUUUCUUCCCCAUAAAAAAAUAAAAAUCAUGUCAGCAAUUCAAAACUCUCUACAAUAACCGAAGAGAUGUAAAUAAUCACACUAUUGAAAAUAGGUGUAUAAAUUCUUGUCCUCAUAUUUAUCUUAUUGCCGAUAUCAACAGUAUUUGUUUUUAACUGAGAAUUAUUUGAAUUCAAAGUACAAUAAAGACUGGAAGCCUCAA